GUUCUGUAAGAGUCACUCAACUUCAUUCAGUUCGUGUCUGUAUCGAAAGCGCGCAUUUCACUAUUGCAGUUCUAAAUUGAUCGUGAUAAGAGCUAUUUGCUGACCCGACAUUCAGUAGAAACAUAGAAACUUUGAAAUCAUGCCAAGACUUUACUUUGUUGCCGUUGACGUGGGCACUGGCAGUGUUCGAGCAGGCUUAGUAACUUCCGAUGGCAGAGUGCUUAAACAAAUGGUGAAGGAAAUUCAAACCUGGAAUCCUCUACCGGAUCAUUACGAGCAAUCUACAGACAACAUUUGGGAGGCAGUUUGCUAUUGUGUAAAGAAUGUAGUCAAAGGAACACUUUUUGAUGAAAUAGCUGCCAUAUCAUUUGACGCGACGUGCUCGCUAGUCGUACUUGGUGAAGAUGGAAAGCCCCUAUCUGUGAGCACAACACAGAAUCCUGAGCAAAAUGUAAUGCUUUGGAUGGAUCAUCGUGCACAGAAAGAGGCAGAAAGCAUAAAUGAAACAAAUCAUCGUAUGCUGAAUUUUACUGGAGGUAAAGUGUCUGUAGAGAUGGAAAUGCCUAAGUUGUUAUGGUUAAAGAAAAAUGCAUACUUAUCUACAUGGACGAAAAUAUGGCGUGUUUUUGACUUGGCAGAUUAUUUAACAUGGCGCUGUACUGGCUGUGAGUCACGUUCUUUAUGUUCUGUUACAUGCAAAUGGAAUUAUGAUGCAAUGAAUAUGCGUUGGAGCGAAGAUUUUUUAGAUUCUAUAGGAUUAAAUGACCUAACGGCAAACUUAGAUAUAUUAGGAACGGAUAUCCUUUUACCAGGUCAAGCUCUUUCUAAUGGUGUAAAAAGCGAAACAGCUCCAGAAUUGGGUGUAAAGAUAGGAACUGUGGUCGCUACACCAUUAAUAGAUGCCCACGCAGGAGCUUUGGGCUUGUUCGGUUGUCAUCCAGAGUUAAAUGAUUGCUCCCCGCAGAUGCGUGAUAUAGAAUACAAAUUAGCCAUAAUAUGUGGUACUUCUACGUGUCACAUGAGUCUCACAGCCAUGCCAUGUGUAGCACGUGGAAUUUGGGGCCCAUAUAAAAAUGUCAUAAUACCUGGUUAUUUUUUAACCGAAGCUGGACAAAGUGCGACUGGAAUGCUAUUGGAUUAUAUUAUUAAAUCACAUCCACAAUAUGAAAUUAUAAAUGGAAAAUUAAAUGAAAAUGAGAAUAUAUAUACAUAUCUUAAUAAUGUUUUGGAUAAAGCAGCCUUCAACCGUGGGAUGGAUGAUCCAUGUUAUUUGACAAAGGAUGUGCAUGUUUGGCCUGAUUUUCGUGGAAAUCGUUCUCCAAUUGCAGAUCCUAAUUUAAAAGGCAUGAUAUCUGGCGCGGAUAUAAAUGGCGAUGAGGAAUCGUUAGCAAUUUUAUAUUUAGCAUUUGUUCAAUCUCUUGCGUAUGGCACACGAGCCAUUAUUGAACAUAUGGAAAUCCAUGGUCGACACGAAUUUAGUUCAAUGAUUUUUUGUGGUGGCGUAGCUAAGAAUUUAGUUUAUUUGCAAUCUCAUGCCGAUAUAUGCAAACUGCCAAUCGUCAUUCCAUAUGAGCAAGAAAUGGUGCUCGUAGGUACUGCUAUAUUAGGCGCAUGCGCAGCGAAGGUUUUUAACAACUUAGAGGAGGCAUCGAAAUUCAUGGGCGGCUCUGGACAAGUAACGGAUUCUAAUAGUUUAACAUACGAGUACCACGAUCGUAAAUAUGCCGUGUUUAAAGAAAUGGUCAAGGAUCAGAGAAAAUAUGAAAGCUUGAUGAUGGGUUGAGAUUUUCGUUUUAUUGGAUCACAUUUUUAGUCACCAUAUAUUUACUCUCGGAUGUAUAUUGAUACAAAGUACACUUAAAAUUUCAAUAAAAAUAUUUUCAAAACAUAA